UAAGCAACGAAUGUUUAGUCAAUACAUAAUCUGAUAAAAAAUUAAAUAUAUUUGUUAAAACAAUGAGCGGAGAUACAAUAUACGAAGCAAGGAGAAAAUGCAAUGUUUCAAAAAUGCGUGCACAUGAUUACUUGUUUGAUACGUCCUUCGUGGUGUCCGGGGCCCGGGAUUACGCCAGAACAGCAUUCAAAGCCGCCAUGAGUUCUGCACAAGUGACCGUUCAUCCAGUCUACAGCACUAUGUUCUCUGAAUUAAGGGAGUUUCCAAGAGUGGAAGUUGUAUACCAUCCUAAUUGUCGUCUUCCUAGCCAUGUGGAUUGCUCAUACGAUGCUUACCAAGAGCGACAGAAGGAGGCUCGAUCUAUUCCUCUCCCAGAUCCCAAUUCUGGGAAGUAUUAUUUCACAUUUUGUGCUUUACCCAAGAAGAUGGCGUUGCAAAUAAAAAGUGUCACACCAGAGUUUAAAUCGCCAAGGUCUUAUUGUGCGUCAAAGUAUGCAGGUCGACCCAAAAACAAGGGUACUCAAAGUUUGUACAGAGAAUCAUCAGCACAGACGAUCCCCUGGCAGGCGGAGGCGCGCCCCGCUGAGGACUGCGAAGAGACUCCUGAAGUAUUGUUCCUAGAUAAACUACAAUGGGGUAAGAAUUAUAGUAAAGCGCCAAUAGCCUAA